AUGCAAGCCAAUUUUGUUAUUGACCUUGGAGAAAAAGCUCAAGUGCCCAUCAUAUCAUUUUCUGCAUCAUGUCCUUUUCUUACUUCCAAGAGGAGCCCCUAUUUUUUACGAGCAACAAAUAAAGACUCAAGUCAAACGAAUGCCAUAAGUUCUAUAGUUCAAGCCUUCGGAUGGAGAGAAGCAGUACCCAUCUAUGUUGACAACGAAUAUGGAGAGGGAAUCAUUCCUUAUUUAAUUGAUUCUUUGCAAGCAGUUGAUGCUCGUGUCCCCUACCGGAGUGUUAUUUCUCCUUCAGCCACCGAUGAUCAAAUUGCUGAGGAGCUAUACAAGCUGAUGACAAUGCAAACUAGAGUUUUCAUUGUGCACAUGUUUCCUUCUCUUGCCGCUCGGGUUUUUGCCAAAGCUAAAGAGAUUGGAAUGAUGAGUGAAGGUUAUGUUUGGAUCAUGACUGAUGGGUUCACCAAUGUUUUCUCUAGUUCGUCUGUGGAUGCUUCUGUCAUUGAUACAAUGCAGGGGGUACUGGGUGUUAAACCUUAUGUACCAAAAACGAAAGAGCUCGAGAAUUUUCGAGGUCGUUGGAAAAGGAAAUUUUAUCAAGAUAAUCCAGAGAUCGUUGAUGCUGAGUUGAAUAUUUAUGGACUAUGGGCCUAUGAUGCUGCAACAGCUUUGGCCUUUGCAGUUGAGAAAGCUGGAACUUCAAAUUUGGGCUUCCGAAAGGCAGAUGUUUCUAGCAAUUCAUCAACGGAUCUUGGGGUGUCCUUGAACGGCCCAAACCUUCUUCAAGCAUUAUCAAACAUUAGCUUUAAAGGUCUUACAGGAGAUUACCUUUUCAUUAAUGGGGAGUUAGAAUCACCAGCUUUGCAGAUAGUUAAUGUGAAUGGCAAUGGAGGAAGAGAGAUUGGAUUUUGGACUCCAACAAAAGGACUUGUGAAAAACUUGAUUUCGACAAAAAAUAUAAGUUCGGAGUCAAUAUCAUUGUCUGGUAUUUCGACAGUAAUAUGGCCUGGGGAUACUAUUGCUGUUCCCAAGGGUUGGGAGGUUCCUACAAGUGAGAAGAAGUUGAAAAUAGGAGUGCCAAUGAAGGGUGGCUUGAAUCAGCUUGUAGUAGUGACCAAUGAUUCCAAUUCUAACACCCCAAAAGUCUCCGGAUUCUGCAUAGAUGUUUUCGAUGCUGUAGUCAAAGCAUUACCUUAUGGUUUGCCAUAUGAGUACAUCCCCUUCGCCAAGCCUGAUGGCGAGCCUGCUGGAACUUAUGAUGAUCUGGUCUAUCAAGUGCACUUAAAGAAUUAUGAUGCUGUGGUUGGAGACGUUAGCAUUGUCUUCAACAGGUCCUUGCACAUCGACUAUACGUUGCCUUUCACAGAAAGUGGUGUCUCCAUGAUUGUUCCUAUUACAGACAACAAGAGCAAAAAUGCAUGGGUUUUCUUGAAACCAUUGACGUGGGACCUUUGGAGCUAUACAGCCAGUUUAUCUAGCCUACUUACAGUCCAGCAGCUGCAGCCUACAGUUACUGAUGUUCAGGAGCUCAUUAAGAAGGGGGAGUUUGUGGGCUACCAGGAAGGUUCUUUUGUUCUAGGAAUCUUGUUAGACUUGGGGUUCGACAAGUCCAAGCUCAUGGCGUAUAGUUCUCCAGAACAAUGCCAUGAACUUUUCUCCAAAGGCAGAGGAAAGGGUGGCAUAGCUGCUGCCUUUGACGAAGUGCCAUGUAUGAAGGUCUUCCUGUCAAAAUAUUGCUCCAAAUAUACCAUGGUAGAUCCUACAUUUAAAACUGGCGGUUUCGGCUUUGUCUUCCCUAAAGGUUCUCCUCUAGUUCCUGAUAUAUCAAGAGCAAUUUUGAACAUUACUGAGGGAGAUCAAAUGAAGAACAUCGAGGAUACAUGGUUUGGCAAACAUAGAAGUUGUCCGGAUUCCAGCACCUCGGUUUCGUCUAAUAGCCUUAGUCUCGAGAGUUUCUGGGGAUUAUUUUUAAUUGCUGGAAUAGCUGCACUUUUAGCUCUCAUUAUCUUCACAGUGAUGUUUGUUUACCAGGAAAGAAGAGUACUCUUGAGGCCCUCUGAUUCAACAACUUCAAUAUGGACUAGACUUCGACAUUUGUUUAGCAUUUUCAAUCAGAGGGACUUGACAUCCCAAACUUUCAGAAAAAGUGAAGUGAAUGACAGAAAUGGAAUCGAUCUUCCAACUGUGGUGGCUCCAAGUCCAUCAGCCUAUUCAGUUCAUACAGAAUUUCCUGGAGAUCCAUCCUCUGCAGAGUAUGAUUCCAGUCCAAAUAGCCAAGAACCUCAAGUGGUAGUGAUGAGUGCUGAUCAGCUUAAUAGCCAAGCAGCUCAAGUGGUAGUAAUGAUUGCUGAUCAGCUUAGCAACCCAAAUCAAGGGAGGCCAGCAGCUUUUCAAUUCGACCAUGAAAACAAUUAG